CCCUCUCUCUCUCUCUCUCUCUCUCUCACGUUUUUCGGACACUGUCGGAGAUCCUUCCUCGCCCCGUAGGGCGGCGGAAUAUCCGGGUUGGCAUUGCGGACCAACCGCAUCUAGCAACCUACUAGAAGAAUUCGUAUACGCGAGACCGUCGAAGGAAUCCGGUCCACGUCCUUUCGCGAGGUGGACGGACCCAACGUAGGGUGUCGAUUGGGUUGGGGGUGAGGGACAAUCCUUCUAAGCCGCAUCGCGCGCCCAGCACAUGACAUUACUGAGGCGUACGUCCUAUCCACGAACGAUACGCGAUGAGCAAAUCGGUCAUUCUGCUGCCUACCUAUGUCCGAGAACAUACGAUCAAGUUGUGAACAACUUGCAGGCACCGGUCUGCUUCUUUGCCCUUUCUCUCUCUCGGGUCCGACCCAUGCUAGGGUGGUAUGUUAUCCUCCCUAUGUUAGCCCUACUUAUGUAACUAUCUAUCGCCUUGCAUAUGAUAUGAAGGAUGUAGGUACCUAUGCCUGCAUGAGAAAGGAUCAACUCUUAAGUGUCGGUGAGUCGGGAUUGCAGAUGGGACAGCGGCCACCCGUGUGCGUGUCUCCGUAGGGCUGUCACUUCGUGCUGCUGCUUACGUGCCUAAACCAGUUACUAUGUAAUCUAACGGGAGCAAGAGGCUGUAUGAAUGUGGGAUCCUGAAGACGAGUGGAAAAUCCGUCAAUGCCUCGGGUUCCGGCUCACUCUUUCUAAAACAUCGCCAGCCAGGCCGCAUGGAGCGAUUCGGUAACUCGUUAUACAAGGGAUGCACACAUGCUCAACUCUCUAACCGUAAACAAGUUUCGAUUAUGUUGGUUAGAACAGCUCGCUGUUUGCUUGUAUAAGAACCGCCCACUAGAGGCAGAAUCCCUGCCGCCAUUCCAGGGGGAGAGCCACGCGCUUGGCAGCUUGGCGGCCACGAGGAAUCUCGCCCCGGAUCCUCUUUCCAAGGCCUGAUUCAUUUAAGCAUGAAUUUAAGCGUGCUAGUUCAGCCACCAGCCUUGUUCAGGAAUGAGGUGAUAUGUAAUAUCUCCUUGGCUUAGUGGCUGCUCCCUCGCUCCCCCUUUAGCUCUAGGAAGCAGAACCCACUAGAGCGGGUUAGAUGGUCGAGGCCUACGCAGAUCCUCGUGAAGGGCGAGAAGGUAGGUAAUUUUCCCCAACACAUGCAUGGGGCCGUUAGCGUGAACUUGGCACGCUGGCCGAAGAACAAAUGCUCCUCUCGCAAGCUAGGGCUCUCGCUUGGGAUAUUUAGCGGGUGGG